AUGUCCAAGGCUUGUGAUGGUGCGGUAAAGGAUAUGCCGAAGACGUAUUGGGAGAGGAAGAGGAUGGAUUGGGGGAGAGGGAGUGUGAGAGGGAGUGUGAGAGGGAGUGUGAGAGGGAGUAGUGCGGAUGAGGAAGGGGGCACUUGCUUCGAAGAAAGUGGUGGGUGGGGUGAGUCUGCUGAGAAGGAUCGGAGUUUGACGUGGGAUUGGGGAUUGGAAAGUAAACCGGAUGGAAAGAUUGAGAAAUGGAGUAGGAAAAUGGAGAUUUUUGAGAUUGAAGCUGUAUCUAUGGUUUCUACACUUUCGAUACCUACAACGCCUUCAAUAUCUUCGGAUUCUCCAACACCGCAAAUACUUCCGAUCCUCCAAUACCUGAAAUAUCUCAAAUCUCUCCAGCAAAUUCAACACCACAAAUACUUUCAACGACUUAAUGCAGAUCACUCAUGGGGGUUUGAUUCUGGGUCAAAGAAAUCCAUGUUAAAACAGGAAAAAGCUUCUCCUAUCAGCAUUAGCGAAAGGAAAGAACUUUACAAAGACGAUUUGUAUUCUGACGACUUGUAUUCGGACGAUGUGAAAUGGAGGUCACCUGAAAGCAACCAUAAGAGCAGAACGAACCCAUGUAACAUGGUCACAGAUUAUAGGGAACCAAUCAUUGGUUCAUCACGGACAAAACAUGAGGGAGCGCUCAUUCUCAGAAGUCUACCUAUGUCAAAUCGAGCCAUGCAGAUAAACUAUGCAUUAUGCCAGCUCACUAAUCCACUCCUUCCGAUUCGUAUCUCUGACGCUCUUCAUCCAUUUCUUCUCUUCUGCGAUGUGCAAAGUGCUUGCGCCGUUUCAAUUGAGAAUUCUUUGGGCUUCUAUGGCAUUCUUAUAUACCAAUUAUUGUGGGGUGAUGAAAAACACGGUCGAGUCACAUUUUCUCAACAUCCCGCUAAUUUCGACAAUGAUCACCCCGAUACAUUCAGUAGUUUUAUUGAUGCUCCCAACUUCGAUGUUGAGCGUACCUCCCCUCUACUCCUGGAUAGGAAACCUGCAUUCAUUUUAUUGUUACAAAUAGCUAAACAACCCCCUUCUCUGCGAGUGUACUCUGAAGCAGUUCCGGAUUGGCACCGUAUAGAUCACUUAUUGUGUCUGGGCUAUAGGGAAUAUGUGUGGGCUAUCUAUUCUCCUGCUGACGCGAAUGUUUGCAUGAGUUAUGCUCUCAAAACUUGGAGUCGAGUGCAGCACCACGAACGUCGGUUGUUCUCACAGGAAUGUUUCGAAAGUAUGAAGUUGUCUAUCACUUUGGGAGAGGUAAAGAGGUCCGAUCCAUACCGAGGACGUCUGGCAGGUUUUUCAACUCUUCUCCGUGGUCCAAAACAUCGGAUGAAAGAGAUCGAGAACGGUAAACUAUCUGAUGUCAAAAAGAUCUUCAAGAAGGAAGUCCUUCUUCAGAAUUAUAGAGCUCGGAUUAUGUUCGAAGAGUUAUAUUGCAACCUAGCGAAAUCACCUUUCGAUAGUUAUAUCCAAUCGAUCGGAACGCAUCUAGCGUACGGAAUUUACUUAGCAAAUAUGGGACUUUACCAAAUGCUACUCGACGCAUGGUUUGGACAUAAAUGUGGACAUACUUCCUACGACGACUUUACUGAGCUCCCAGGUCGGGAAGGAGCAGUUGUAGAUUUUGCAAAGGAAUUGAUGCAAGCAGGCUACAUAACUCGAGCACAGAUAACAAUGGGAGACUCCAGAAUGGCAUUAAUCUCAUCUCGAGAAAACUUUCGAAACUUCGGAAUACCCCUGCCAACGUUUGUCAAAGCGAGUCCCCCGAAAAAUCCGGUCUGUCUGCCUGCCGAUGAAUGCCGUUGGCUUCACUUGUGUAUGAAGAAGAAACCAUACACAACUCAUCUCAAGCCACUUCAUGUGUGUAAGGACGAAAACCAAGAUCCAUUGAUCGACAUAACUUUCUUCAAAGCUCUGGAAUGCGCUUAUAAUAAAGAAAAGACGUGGAAGGAUUGGGCAAUUUUGAAGUUGAGGAGAACCGAAUUUAUAGGUUUCGAAGCUUGUCCAGGCGACUAUGUUGAUCAUAUCAAACCUAAUGAUUCUCCACCAACAACCAAUGAGUAUGAUUUUGCACAACCACCACCUCCAAAAAUGGUUCCUCCCAUUGGUCCAGAACACAUGUUACAUCUUUCUCAAGACUGCCCUUCAAUUUCUGAUGUCAAUUCAAAUUUCUACCUCCAACAAAUUUCCCGCAGGAAGAUCGAACCGAUCGCAUUUAAUGCAAAUAGGUUAAGCGAAAAUCUAGGCUGGGGAUUACAUUUUGUCGAGGGAUUAAUUACGUCCUUGGCAAUUACCGUUAUGUUUAUACUCUCCUCAGUCUUAGGAAUAGCAUUUGCUAUUUGUUGGACAAUACUGGAGAAAGAUAUUCAAGAAGCAUCUGGAGUUGCCGCUUAUAUUACUAGUGUUAUGACCCUGGCGGUAAUGACCUGGCAAUUGUGGGCUUUAUGAUUUGAAUGAUGUGAUUCAGCAAGUCGUGAAGGACGUUAAACGCCGGUGAGGAUCCUGUCUGUUGUUGAUCAGACAUGGUUCCACUUUGACUUCUACAAGCUCAACCCUGUUAUAGACCCAGCACGUGCUGGGGUUACAUUGUUACCAAGCAGAAAAUUCCAAUGAUCUGUUCGUCGGCUCGCACUUUUUUAUUCUUGGGGAUAAACUUGGCACACAUGAGGAAACGGGAUAUACAUGAAGAAACGGGAUAUACACGAGGUUUUUUAUUUUUAGGCGGUGUAACGUCUCGAAUUUUACGUAGUGAAGAUGGUUCUUGAUAGGUGUGAGACUUGAGACAGGGGGAUCGUGGAACGUGGGAACAAUAAGCUUAAUCUCGGGAGGCUAAAAUGGCUUGCUUGGCUGACUUGGCUAAUCUAGUUUCACCAAUCAGAUAAGGGAUAGGUAGAGAGCCAAUCAGUGAUCAGGUUCUGUGACAGCAAAAAAGUUUAUUGUCCGUUACGCUUAUCGUUUAAUUCCUUUUGAAGAAAGAAGUUGACAGGAGAGAGGAGGCUGUAGUAUCAUAUCUCCACUGUUUUAGAUGGCAUCAAGAAAAAACUGACACUAGGUUGGCUCUAGCGGUGG